AUGGCCCCGUUCAACCAUGAGCGUGUCAGCCACGCGUUGGACGAGCUGCUGCAGCGCAUCGUGCCCGACGAUCCGGAUGACACGGAGGAAGCUGCCGAGCAGCGCCUGCAGGAGGCCUACGAUGAGUCGAUGCAGCAGCUGAUGGCCGCGGGCGAGCCCAAGGCCGUGCCGGACGUCAACCACAUUGCAAGCCUGCUGGAAGCCAAGAUCGCUGGGCCCGCCAGAGACGCGCACAAGAGCGCGCGCCUGCACAACCUCCUCGGCCGACUCGAGGACCAGCCGGUGCUGAACGAGAAGUGGCGCAUGCUAUACUUCCUUCAUGAGCUCUCCAAUCUGCCGGCUGCCGCGCAGCAGAACCCCUCGUUCGACUCUUCGCGCAGCCGGUCGCGCGGUCCCAUGACGCCGGCGAAGCACCAGCCCUCGUCGGCCCCCGCAUACGACAACCCAGCGUUCGCCGAAGCGUUCGCAAAGCAGGGGCUGCCACAGUACCCAGCUCGCGAGCCCUCGCCAAAAGCAUUGGCCCUCCCAGUUCCUCCAGCAGACAAGGUGGAGAAGCGCAGGGAGCGGCGCACGCAGGAAGCCAGCAAAGAGCAGGCGCAAGAUGCUGCUCACGCAGAGAACAUCACCAUGGGCCCCUCGGAGACGGACCUUCUCCGCGACUUGCCCUUCACCCUCCAGGGUCUCUCUUCCUCCCAGCUCGUCUUCCCCUCCUCGACCGCGCUCAAGCUGCCCGCCAAUCUGCCCGUGCCCAUUGUCGGACUGCUGCACACCCUCGCCGAGCCCGCCAUCUUGUACAAGGGACUGGCAGAAUUCGUCGAGUCGAGCGAAGGAGAUCUGAUAGGCCAGAGCUUUAGGUCGGCGCUGGGCAAGGAGCUGCGCGCAUACCUCGGCCUCGUCGCGACACUGGAGGGGCAGAUCAGACGGGCAUUGACUCAGCUGGGCGAAGGUCCUGCGCAUCAGGGCGUUAGCAAGGCCGGCGUGACCCUCAAGCGAUGUGUCAUUUGGACUCGUGAUGCGACCAUGGGCCUGCGACUGAUGAGUCUGAUGGUCGAGCAGUCGAAGAGCCUCAAAGGUGGUCAGCUAAUCUCGCUCAUCCACUCCUUCUCACUCAACCACGGCGAUCCCUAUGUCAUCUCUUUCGCUGAGCGACUUCUCUCCGACGUCACACGACCGUUCUACGACAUGCUGCGACAAUGGGUCUACGACGGCGAGCUGUCAGAUCCCUAUGGCGAGUUCUUCGUCUCUGAGCAGAACGAAGACGACAUGAUGGACGUCGACCAGGGCAAAGGAGGAGCGACGAGCGUGUGGGAGGACAAGUACAAGCUCAACGACAAGAUGGUGCCGACCAUCGUUGCGGACGACUUCGCCCGGAGGGUCUUCCUCAUUGGGAAGACGCUCAACUUCAUCCGCUACGGCUGCGGAGACGCGAACUGGGUUGACACGUACUCGAAGGAAGCAUCGAAAGAGCUGCACUAUGGCGACACUGCCAACCUCGAGCGCUCCAUCGGCGAUGCGUACAAGACGACCAUGGCACGUCUGAUCGAGCUGAUGGGCAACAAGUUCAAGCUCUUUGACCACUUGCAGGCACUGAAGUCGUUCAUGCUCCUCGGUGCCGGCGACUUUAUCGCCGUUCUCAUGGAGUCGUUGGCCUCAAACCUCGACCGCCCAGCCAACACGCAAUACCGACACACUCUCACAGCCCAACUUGAACAUGCUGUCCGGAACUCGAAUGCACAAUACGAUACCGCCGACGUUCUGCGAAGGCUGGACUCCCGUAUGCUGGAGCUCUCACAUGGCGAAAUCGGCUGGGAUGUCUUCACUCUGGAAUACAAAAUCGACGCGCCCGUCGAUGUAAUUGUCACGCCAUACGGCUCAAAGCAAUACCUCAAAGUUUUCAACUUCUUGUGGCGUGUCAAGCGGGUCGAGUUCGCCCUCGGCUCGACGUGGCGUCGUUGCAUGACUGGUGCUCGCGGUGUGCUCGGUACUGUCGAUGACAAAGUCGGGAAGGACUGGAAGAAAGCACGAUGCGCUAUGGCUGAGAUGGUUCAUUUUGUCAAUCAGCUUCAGCAUUACAUUCUCUUCGAAGUCAUCGAGUCAUCGUGGAUCGACCUGCAGAAGGCACUGACCAAGCCAGAAAGCACACUCGACGAUAUGAUCGAUGCACAUGCCAAAUACCUAAACAACAUCACACGGAAGGGUCUCCUUGGAAGUCAGAGCAUCGACUUUACCGGUCAGCUGCACGAGCUGCUCAAGACGAUGCUUUCUUACAAGGACACGGUCGACAGUCUGUACUCGUUCUCUGUCGCAGAGUUCACUCGCCGCCAGGAAGCUGCUGCGAAGAUCGAGACACGCACGGCAGCGGGGCGAUGGGGACUAUCCGAGAGGGAGAGCUCGCGCACGUCCACACCAGAUCCGUUCGCAGCGUCACGCGGCGCGUCGCGGCAUGACCUGGAUUCGCCUUUUCCGCCACCUUUGCUCAGAGUUGGCAACGGGGGAUCAGGCGAAGACGACGUCCUGCCGGCCCUGCGACAGCGCCUGGCAAGUUUAGCGGCCGAUUUUGAAAUGAGGAUAUGCCUGCUGCUUGGUGAUCUGGUGCACUCGCCAGACGGGGAGCUUAAGAUGCUGGCUGUCAACAUCAACUUCAACGAUGUCUACAAGCCGGAGCGCAGGCGGAGGAAGAGCGACAAGAAGCGUGAGAAGGAGAAGGAGACGCCCGCCGCUCCGAAGCCUACCGUUGCGACUUAG